GACGGAGGACCCCGAGCAGGCCGCGCUACCGGCGGAGCAGAGCCGGGUCCAGCCCAUGACCGCCUCCAACUGGACGCUGGUGAUGCAGGGCGAGUGGAUGCUGAAAUUUUAUGCCCCAUGGUGUCCAUCCUGCCAGCAGACUGAUUCUGAAUGGGAAACUUUUGCAAAGAAUGGUGAAAUACUUCAGAUCAGUGUGGGGAAGGUAGAUGUCAUUCAAGAACCAGGUUUGAGUGGCCGCUUCUUUGUCACCACUCUCCCAGCAUUUUUUCAUGCAAAGGAUGGGAUAUUCCGUCGUUACCGUGGCCCAGGAAUCUUUGAAGACCUGCAGAAUUAUAUCUUAGAGAAGAAAUGGCAAUCGGUUGAGCCUCUGACUGGUUGGAAAUCCCCAGCUUCUCUAACGAUGUCUGGAAUGGCUGGUCUUUUUAGCAUCUCUGGCAAGAUAUGGCAUCUUCACAACUAUUUCACAGUGACACUUGGAGUUCCUGCUUGGUGUUCUUAUGUCUUUUUCGUCAUUGCAACCUUGGUUUUUGGCCUUUUCAUGGGACUGGUCUUGGUGGUAAUAUCAGAAUGUAUCUAUGUGCCACUUCCAAGGCAUUUAUCUGAACGUUCUGGGCAGAAUCUGAGGUCAGAAGAGGCUCAUAGGGCUGAACAGUUGCAGGAUGCAGAAGAAGAAAAAGAUGACUCGAAUGAAGAAGAAAAUAAAGACAGCCUUGUAGAUGAAGAAGAAGAGAAAGAGGACCUUGGCGAUGAGGACGAAGUAGAGGAUGAAGAGGAGGAGGACAAUGCAGCUGCUGGUGUGGAGGAGGAGAGGAGUGACACCAAUGACCAGGGGCCCCUGAGAAAGGGCAGCCGGGCCCAGAAGGAAAUAGAGCCUGAAGAGACUGAAGACGAUGUCCCUGAACAGCCCUGUUCAGCUGACACAGAGGUGGUGGAAGACUCGUUGAGGCAGCGCAAAAGUCAGCAUGCUGAUAAAGGACUGUAGGUUUCAUGAUGUAAUUAUGUGUCCAAGGACACAGGCCAAAAGAAUAUGUCAGUCUCCCUCUGUUCUGUAGUUCAAACCAAAUCCUUAAGUUUUCCUGAAUGAGCAAGCUUCUCUCUUAAAAGAUAUCUCUAGUCAUGUGGUCUUGUGGCAGUAAGCCUCAUGUAUACUAAGAGACUCUUUCAAGCGUGAUAAUCAGGAUACAGAAAAACAAAAACGUGGUGUUAGGAUCUAUUUGGGGACUUGAGAUAGGAACAAGUUGAUUUGCUUGGGGCUAGAGAGUCUUGACCAGAGAAGACAGCUUCCCGCGCUCAUUUGUACCUUCUAGAGACAAGGCUGCUGGCCCCAUAAAAUGAAAGCAAAGCAGCUUUUACUCCCAAGCUUCCUUGAAGUGUAGCAGAAAUCUUGCUUCCUUUUCAUGUGUUAAGUAUUUAUUUUUCUCAAACUGUAAGAAACAUCAGGCACCACAGUGCAUGAACACUUUUUUAGAGAUAGAAAUUGAGAGGGCCCUGGAUAUACUUUUAGAAAAGAGCUUGGGAGUCAUCCCAGCCUUCAUCCUUUGUUAUGCUUCAUUUCUUACCUUUAAUUUUUCCAACUUCUCCAUCAUGGGCCUGCAGGCUACUCACCUUCUUCACAAUUAUUCCAUACUGAGAGGACUCAGACAGCAGCCGGGUUUAUAUCAAUUGGGUUUCUUCCGACUUAAGUGUUUAGAUAAUCAGUAACUACAAACUAUGAAGCAAUGACUGCCAAGCAGCUCGAAUGAAAUGUUGUAACCUCUGGAGAUUCAAAAGGAAGUAGGGAUUUUAUAGGACAGAUUUUUGAAAAUCUUUUGCCCAAAAUGUAGUAAUUUUUUAAAGUUUUUUUUUUUUUUUUAGCAAUAUUCUUUUUGAAGCCAGAAGUCCUCUAAGUCUUGCCAGUACAAGGUAGUCUUGUGAAGAAAACUUGAAUACUGUGUUGUUCUAUUUCCAUCUCAAGGGGUUCCCUGGCUCUUGUAUCACCUUAAUAAUAACUGAAAAACCAUUUCUGGUUUUAUUUCGGCAGUGUGCUUUUGGUGACAGAAUUCAUGAAAGUCAAUAUCUGGAAGUGAAAGGUUUUAUUUUGUUUCUAUCUUCCUAAAUCUUCUAAAGAAUUUUAUCUUUGUAAAUCCCUCAAUACUCAGUCUAUUGUAAGUAACCAGGGAUCCCAGUGUCUUCUGGAAAUCAGUCCAUCUACUUCUCUCAUACCUGAUUUAUGUCUUAGAAUAAAUUCAUAAAAUUAGAUUCCAUGUGUAUGAAAAAUGCCUAAAGUUGAUCCUGUGCCCUUUGGGUCCAGACAGAAUAAUAAUAACUUUUUGAAAUUCUAAAAGUUUCUGGCAUGUUUAAAAAGAAAAAUGCAGUACCUUUCUAUCCGGCUGUUUAGAUAACCCUUUCCUGUAUUAACUGCAAGCAUGGGACUCACUUGAUGAUGGUAGGGUUCUGAAACUCUGCUCUCCCGUGAUUGAAUGAGGCUGUUGCAAGCCUUGCACAGAGGAGGUUUUUAUUCUGACAAAAUAUAUUUUAGAGAUGGAUAUUUGUCAUUUUUCCAACUCAGUUACCUAACAUUCUCCUCCCCUAGUACACUGAAGUUUGAGUCCCCAGUGAUUGUCCUCUUUGGACAGCAGUGCAUCCUCAAGUUUGAGACCAUCACAGAACUGAUGAAAUGGGAGAACCUUGACAUAUGUCUGUUUCCUACCCCUCCCGUCACAUUGGCCUCUGACACAUUCUCAGUUAAAGUGCUGUCAUUCUGAUGGUGGCAGUUCUAUCGCGCUGAUGCAAGGAAGCUUUUCUUCAUCAGAGCUGAGCUGAGCCUGCUCUCCUGUCACUGGAUUUCUUUCUCUUAUAAACAGUUUAAACAAAAUUUUCAAAGAACAGUACUUUCUAAGUUCAAGUUCAGAGACAUGGCAAAAGAAAGUCUUCAGAGUUUGGCUUUUCAGUAUAAUGCCCCCCCCCCCC